AGCAUCGGAGCCAACAUGUCGGACAUCGGAAGUGUCGUCUAGUGUUGUGUGCCUGUUGUUAUUUUGCAUCGGGGGAUGUUUUGAUCUUUAACUAAUGCUACGUGCUGGAACUGGACGUGAAUCGCCUCGCAUUACCACUUGGAUGCACAAUCAAUGUAGAUAUGACGUCUAUGCUCCCCUUCACUCCCCCAGUUGUGAAACGGCUAUUGGGCUGGAAGAAAGGCGAAGGCGAGGAUCACUAUAGUGAAAAGGCCGUAAAGAGUCUGGUAAAAAAGCUCAAGAAAGGGGGCGGCUUGGAAGAGCUUGAGAAAGCAAUAAGCAGCCAGGAUCCCGCCACCAAGUGCAUCCUUUUCCCCAGUUUUCGUGCUGAUCGCCCAGGAGACGCCAGCACAAGUCGGCUUCAGCCUCAUCGUAAAGGCCUCCCACACGUGAUUUACUGUCGUCUGUGGCGUUGGCCUGAUCUUCAGUCUCAUCACGAACUACGAGCUAUUGAUACCUGUCAAUUUGCAUUCAGUUUAAAAAGAGACGACGUGUGUGUGAACCCAUAUCACUACCAACGCAUUGAGAGUCCUGCUUUACCUGCAAUUUUGGUGCCUCGGCAGCCAAUAUCAGACGAUUACUCUCCAUAUCCUCCAACUACAAUUCAGUGUGAAGAUUUGAGUUCAUCAGUCCCUGAAAAUACAUCAUUUCCAAUUGGUUUAGGGCAGUCUUCUAUCUUACCAGAAUCACCGCUAUCUCCAUUGUCGACACAGUCACAGUUCAGCCCUUUGACGGGCCCACCUUCAAACAACCUGGAGUCCAGACCUUUGCCCACCACGGAGACCCCUCCUCCGGGGUAUAUGAGUGAGGAUGGCGACAAUAUGGACCAUAAUGACAAUAUGAGCUUGUCUCGACUCAGCCCUCCAGUGGACUCUCAACCUGUGAUGUAUUGUGAACCUGCAUUCUGGUGUUCGAUUGGAUACUAUGAGCUGAACACUCGUGUAGGAGAAACUUUCCAUGCUUCUCAACCUUCUGUGACAGUUGAUGGCUUCACAGAUCCCAGCAAUUCAGAACGCUUUUGUUUGGGUUUGUUGUCAAAUGUCAACCGCAAUAGUGUUGUUGAGCAAACACGCCGCCAUAUUGGUAAAGGUGUUAGGCUCUACUACAUUGGAGGUGAAGUAUUUGCUGAAUGCUUGAGUGAUUCAAGCAUCUUUGUUCAGUCUCCAAAUUGCAACCAGCGCUAUGGGUGGCACCCUGCUACAGUUUGCAAAAUUCCACCAGGUUGCAACCUUAAAAUUUUUAACAAUCAAGAAUUUGCUGCCUUGUUGUCACAGUCAGUUUCUCAAGGAUUUGAAGCUGUUUAUCAGUUAACUCGGAUGUGCACAAUUCGCAUGAGCUUUGUCAAAGGCUGGGGCUCAGAAUACAGACGACAAACUGUGACUUCCACUCCUUGCUGGAUAGAGUUGCAUCUUAAUGGACCUCUUCAGUGGCUUGACCGAGUACUCACUCAGAUGGGCUCACCUCGUUUACCCUGCAGUUCAAUGUCGUAAUGUGGACAGGUUUUGUAACCUGCCUCUCAGCCGUGCGAUAUACUAGCCUGUACUAUGCCUGUUGGCAAUACAGAGCAAUUUGAAUGUAUGACUUUGUGAAGAACUCUGCAUUGGAUGAUUUUAAAACAGAAUUGAUUUAAAAUCAUGGAUAUUUAGUGUUUACCCAGACCAUGUCAGGAGAGAAGGGAACUUCUUAACAUUUUCUGAUUUUUGCCUGGCAACGAUUAUCACCUUGAACUUCCUAUUUUGUUCUAAAUUUAACUUCUAUUUCUCUUUCUUUUGUUUUCCUGAGUGUGUUUCCUCAACUUGCUGCCAAAUUUCCUGCCCUGUCUCUCCUGAAUGUUAAUUGAGGUCUUUAAUAUUUUACAACUUUGACUUCAAAGUUUUCUAUCUAUGUCUAAGAAGUUACUAAGUGUUUAAUGUGAGGAGUGACAAAUUUUCAAUGCUUAUCUCUCUCUAUCUCUUUUAUCACCUCAGGUUUUUCUUUUUGUCAUGGUAUCUGCCAAUCCUAAAAUUAUAUUGUAACCUUCCUAGAUUUUCCCCUCUAAAUUCAAGAUGGCUGUGAGUUAUAAAAGUAUAGAAUUUUCUUAUCCUAAGUAAGAGAUUUUGUGAGACUGGUUAGAUGUGAGAUGUCUUGCAAGCUGACCCUCUAAAGUGUUGGGUUUUUUCAUUCAUUAAAUUUUGCCUAAGUUAAGAUUGGAGAUAAGUUUGAGGACUUUUUAAGAGAAGAGAUUUUUCUUUCUUUUUUUAUUGUAAGGACAUUGAUAGGUCCUCAGUAAAAUAGCAGAGGCAUUCAUCACUCUGCUGUUGUAGAGUGUGGAAUGUCACCUCAGGAGCUUGGUUGAAAGUGAAGUUCCUUCUACAUACACAUACAAGUCACUGUUGUUAAUUUUAUGUCUGGUGUGUUGCAGAACAAUUAUAACAUUUGAGUAUCAAAAAGCAGGUGCAUCUGCUAUGCAAUGGACUCACAAGUUGACUCACAGUCUUGUUUGCAAGGUCAGGCUUUGUAUUGACAUGGCAGGAUAAUGUUUCCACUUGUAUGAAUGUAAAAUAAUGUUGUGAAUGAACAUGUGUGAGGUUUAACUUGCAUUGCCACUUUCAUUCAUUUACAUGUUUUCACUCACAGUUAUGUCUGUAAUGUAGUGGUAGAAUGAAUACCUACAAGUUAGGUAAUAGCACCAAAGGACAUCAAGUAAAUAUGGUAAUUUUAUUUGGAGUUUCUUUUUUCAUUUUUUCUUAGAAAUGCUAGUUUCAACGACCAUUCUGAUGUGUGACACAUUAAAAUAUUCCUUCUGUAACACAUGGAGCCAUUGAUUUUUGUAGAAAUGUGGCUCUGUCACUUGCUUUCUUUUUGAGAAAUUUUAAUGUAUUUCCUUUUUUAGGAAAGUUACUAUGGAUGAGCAUAUAUUCAGCUAAGCUGAAUAUUUCUGGCUUACUCCUAUUUUUUUAAUUACAUAAUUCUUAUGGUUGUUUGUGUGUUAAUGAUGUUCUUUUUAAUGAUUUUGUUGUCUACAAGUUAUAUAGAUGUUACCUAUUGUAAGCACCUCUCCUCACAUACCCAUAGCAGUUAUAUUUUUGAUUUUAUGGCAAAUUGUAGUGGAAUAACUCAUUUAAGAGUCUCUACAAAGUAUCAUACCGUAUUAUGCCAUAUUUAUUGGCUGGCAAUCUUUUUAUACUUUGUAUUUGAAGGGGCCCGUAUUAGCAGGCAAGUCCUGCUAAUAUUGACUCCCAUUAUAAAGUGCAGGCAUACUUGUAUUUCUUAACUAUGUCUUCUUUCCAAUUUUUUAGUAUUUCUAUUUCUGUUAUUAUUUUACUAGCCCCAUCAACUCUUCCUAAUUAGGCAGGUUUCUUUGCGUUGUGAGUGUGGCUUUGAUCAGAAAGACACAGGUCAGCUCUAGCAGUUGGCAUGUUAAAUAUAUUCUUUCAGUUAAAGUCAGUAAUCACUGUCAUCUUAGUGCUGUUUGUUUCACUUUAUUUUAAAUUUAUUUUAUUGCGAAGCUACAUAUGGUUAUGAUGAAAUUCGUUAAGCAGUUUGCCUGUUUUGCUUACAUAUUUUUAUUAUAUCAUCUGUUGCAUUCAUUGUUAUUUUGAAACGUUCUUAAACGUUUGGAUUACUUGUUAUUUUAAGCAAAGUUUUAAGCAUCCGUUCUCUGUUUUGAUGUUUGAUAAUUUCAGCAUUCACUUUUUGUGGCCUUGUGAUCAAAUUCAUCAGACUGGCUUAGUAAAAUGAAAUGUAGUUCUUUUACUAUUUUCCUCUUCAAUCUGGCAGAGAUUAUGGACAACAGCAAACCCUACAUAUAAUUUAAGCGUCAAGAACCCAUCUGUGUGAUACUGUCAGAUUCAGCUGGUCACAUACCAUUUUCUCUCAUUGUGCACAGUACCCUUACUGGAAGUAAAAUUUUGUUUUUAUGUUUUCAACCUUUUGAGUCUGAAGGUUUGUUGCUUGAAUUGAUUUUUCUGCUAUUAUGACAGCUCUCAAUGAACCAGGCACGUACAUUUAGACUGACCUUAAUUUGCUCAUUUUACCACAUCUCUUGUAUAUUGACCAUAAUAUUCAACUAAAAUGUCAAGUGACAUGUUUUUUUUUCUUUUUACUGUUUUGAGCAAUCAAAUCUGAAACAAAUUAUUAUAUGUUUGGUUGUUGCUUGUGAAGGGAAAUUAGACCCAUCUACUAGAUGUAAAGUACGAUUUUUUAAAAUCUUUGUAGUUGCAUAAGGUAGUAACAUUUUAAAUACAAUGUUCUCAUCUUACUCAGUGUUUUCACAUUAAUCCUGUUUCCCUUGUUUAAACAAGAUUCUUUGGAUUUUCUGGUAAUAAAUUGUGAGGAACUCA